AUGGGAGAAGGUGCGCUUCAAAAACAUGAAGAGGAACCACCUGUACAUGCUGGCCAUAGAGCUCCCGUCAGAACCCCAGCUGAGUCCAGAGUCGGUUCCACAGAACUCGCUCCUGUUCCUCCUCAGGUCCCCAGAACAGACUCAGACCAGGGUGGAGAGAGAGACGGCGUGGAGAGUGUGGAUGGACAGGGAGGGAGAGAGCAAGACCCAACAGCAAAGAGACCUGGAGUGUCAAAGAGAGAGUGGUUGAAACAGCAGAAAGGCCAGUUGAACAGCUACAAGCGUGGAGGCAGCCUGCGCAGCAGACCCAGAGUGAGCUACACAGAGGAAGAGGAGCCCAAAGAUGAAGAUUACCUCUACUGUGAGGACUGUGAGUCUUUCUACAUUGAUGAGUGUGGGGUCCAUGGCCCCCCUAACUUCAUCCCUGACACCCCAGCUCCUGUUGGGGUCCCAGACCGAGCCAGACUCACCCUGCCACCUGGACUGGUGGUCAGAGAGUCCAAUAUCCCAAACGCAGGUCUGGGGGUGUUCAACCAGGAUCAGACGGUGCCCAAAAGGGCGCACUUUGGCCCCUAUGAGGGAGAGGUGAUGGACAGGGACGAGGCCAUAGAGAGCGGAUACUCCUGGGUGACAUACAAGAGCCGACAUGUAGAUGAGUACAUAGACGCAAAGAGAGAAACUCACUCCAACUGGAUGAGGUAUGUGAACUGCGCUCGUGACGGUGACGAGCAAAACCUGGUGGCGUUUCAGUACAGAGGGGGGAUUGUGUAUCGCUGCUGUAAGCCCAUCGCCCCUGGAGAGGAGCUGCUGGUCUGGUAUGGAGAGGACUACGCCAGAGACCUGGGCAUCACCUUCGACUACCUGUGGGACAUCAAGAGUAGCGCCAAAGGUACAUCACAAUCGUCUCAGGUGUUCUCGUGCUCCUUGUGUCCGUUUUCCUACACGGCUCAAAUCUACCUCCAUAAGCACAUCAAGAGGUGCCACACGGACGAGUACGUGAGACUGCUGAGGUCUGGAGAGAUCAGACCAGAGACUUUGGCACCUUCCAGAAGCAGUGACCAACACAAACAAAAACAUUUAACUGUGCCGUCCAGGUCAACAUCCAGUAAAGUCGCCCCUAACCCCUCUUCACAACAGGAAGGAGCGAAUGACAAGAGAAGUCACCACUGCACUCAGUGUGGCAAGAGCUUUACUCGAGGACAUCUCAAACAACACCAGCGCACUCACACAGGAGAGAGGCCGUACCACUGCACUCAGUGUGGCAAGAGCUUUACUGAGGGGGGGUCUCUCAAACUACACCAGCGCACUCACACAGGAGAGAGGCCGUACCACUGCACUCAGUGUGGCAAGAGCUUUACUCGAGAGGGAACUCUCAAACUACACCAGCGCACUCACACAGGAGAGAGGCCGUACCACUGCACUCAGUGUGGCAAGAGCUUCACUCAAGAGGGAUCUCUCAAACUACACCAGCGCACUCACACAGGAGAGAGGCCGUACCACUGCACUCAGUGUGGCAAGAGCUUUACUCAAGAGGGAACUCUCAAACUACACCAGCGCACUCACACAGGAGAGAGGCCGUACCACUGCACUCAGUGUGGCAAGAGCUUUACUGAUGGGGGAGAUCUCAAACGACAUCAGCGCACUCACACAGGAGAGAGGCCGUACCACUGCACUCAGUGUGGCAAGAGCUUCACUCUAGAGGGAACUCUCAAACUACAUCAGCGCACUCACACAGGAGAGAGGCCGUACCACUGCACUCAGUGUGGCAAGACCUUUACUCUAGAGAAGGAUCUCAAACGACAUCAGCGCACUCACACAGGAGAGAGGCCGUACCACUGCACUCAGUGUGGCAAGAGCUUUACUUCUACGGGUCAAUUAAAGACACACCGCAGCACAGUCCAUAACCUCGGCUCCUAA